GCGACGAGAGAAAUACGAAUAAUGAUGGACGCAAGUAACGCGCGGGUGCAAGAUUGCUUCCCAACCGCUGGACACCGCAGCCACUCACUACAAUCGCACCUGCAAACAGCUGCACGAAUCAAAACAUGAAAUUGCCUUCAGAGGCGGGCCCUCGGGCGGAUUGGUUACUGUGCAUAUAUAUCACCUGCAUGCAGACCGAAACUCUCACUUUCACCGGCUGCCGCUUCCUGCGUGGACAGCUGGCAGUGCGUAAUUGGAACGCCUACGUCGCGGGUGCAUAAUUAACCUGCGUUUCCUUUUUCCCGCCCUGGCUGCCUCAAGUUUUCCUGCCGAAGAAUCAAUAAGAACAUUUGACAAAAUCAAUCUUAGCAAACGAAGAGGAAGAAAACCCGUCAUUGUCAAAGGAAUAUCCUUGUUGCAAGGGAAAUCGCUUCGCCUUCAUCAUGACCUGGCAAACUUGGAUCCAACAAUUCUUGACUGAGAAUCCCAUCCAAACAGCGUUUCUAUUUUGCGGGAUAUCUAUGAUUGCCACUCCAGCGGCCGUCGCCGGCUUUAUCCUAGGAGUACUUGGUUUUAGUGCCGGUGGCGUAGCAGCAGGCUCUCUAGCUGCAACCAUGCACGCAAUCAUAAACCCCAUUACGGCGGGCAGUUUAUUCGCCAUUCUCCAGAGUGCGGGAGCUGCAGGAGCUGGGUUGGUAACUGUAGCCACAGCUAUCCAAGCUGCUGGAGCGGCGCUGAUUGCAAGACCUGUUUAUACUAUUCUCCAGUACAUCACUGGCAGUGCGUGAGGUUAGAGAUUAAGUGUGUAAUAUGAAUAGG